AUCAAACAGCCAUACAGAGGAGGACAUGGUGAUACUAUGUAAUCUGGCAGAGAUUAAUGCAUCAGGCAAUUAGAACGGGAUCCUACAGGCCGAUAAUAUGAUGAGACAAAAGCCAGCAUUUAUCCUGAUAGUACAGCACUGUGGGUCUUCACAGAAAGGCAGACCCAGACGUUCAGUUAGAAGGAAGCACCGUGUCUGUGAACGACACGUCAAGGUGGCUCAGAUGGAGAACUCCUCCAGUGAACUUGUUUUUGUGCUCCAUGGCUUGAAUGAGACUAAAACAAAGAGACAGAUAUUUUUUGCCAUUUCUCUUCUUGUCUACGUUUUCACCAUUUUUGUGAAUUUAACUCUGAUUUUGAUCAUUUUACUGGAGAAGAUUCUCCAUGAGCCCAUGUUCAUCUUCCUCUGUAAUCUGUGUCUAAAUGGAAUCUGUGGCUCUACGAGUUUCUAUCCAAAGCUACUGAUUGACCUUCUGUCAGACUCUCAUGUGAUCUCAUACACUGCAUGUAUAAUUCAGAUAUUUGGAAUCAGCAUAUAUCUUGUCUGUGAAAUAACUAAUUUAACAGUAAUGGCUUAUGACAGGUAUGUUGCGAUAUGCAAACCAUUGGAGUAUCACUCUAUUAUGACGCUUCAGAGGGUGAGAAUGUUGCUCCAGAUGAUGUGGUUCUUAUCUUUCUUUGAGAUAAUUGUCUGGGUUAUGUUGGCAGUCAGGCUCCCCUUGUGUGGAUCCAGAAUUGAGAAGCUUUAUUGUUUUACCUGGGAUGUGCUGAAGCUGUCAUGUAUAGAUACCACCUUAAACAACUUAUACAGCUAUUGUUGUUUGUUUUUUCAUACAUUUCAAUUCCUGCUACUUAUAACCUCCUAUAUCCAAAUCACCAGGAUAUGUAUAAAAUCUCAGAUAGAACGUAGUAAGUUCAUGGAGACCUGCCUGCCCCAUCUCAUCACUUUCGGUACCUUCGCCAUUUCGCUUUUAUUUGAUGUUGUAUCAGCACAUUUCGGCUCAGACGCCUCCCUGCAGGCUCUCAGAAACAGCCUUUCUAUAAUGUACCUCAUUGUUCCUCCAAUCCUGAACCCUCUCAUUUAUGGUCUGAAACUGAAGCAGCUUCGUAGGAUUGUGUGGAGAAGGUUCAACAGCAGAAUUACUGCACUGAAAUAACCAAGGGUGGAAUGAAGGUUCAGGGGGGGUCACACACUCGACUCACACUUCCAUGACUGGGGAUUAGAAUCUCUGUUAUCUGCUCUUUGUGGGUGGAGUUUGAAUUGUCUCCCUGUGUUGUGUGGUUUCCUCCCACGAUCCAAAACAUGCCCUCAGGGUAACUGGUGCCUGUAAAUUACCUAAAGAUUAUAAGCCUGUGCAUGAAUGUUCCCUGUGAGGGACGAGUGUCUUAUCUUGGAUGCACCCCUGCCUUGUACCCUAUGCUACAUAAGACAGGCUCCUGGUUUCCCCCCUGUGACCCUGAACAGAAUACAUGGUUAGAUAACAUAACCAACAGUUUUUUUCCUGCUUGAUGAUUUCGCUGUAUGGGGUUGCUAUGACACCAUUAGCUUAGGUUAGGUUUUGCUAGAAAAUUAAAGGCUAGAUAUUUCACACUGUCCCAGUGCACAGCACCAAUAUGAACAGCAGGUGAGAUUUUAAGGGCCAGAAAUCAGUGUAAAAUGUGGCACGAUGUCGUGCCUAUAAUAUACAUUUCAGAUUGCAUAUACCUUUUGUAUGUGUUAGAUGAACUAAAAAAAAAUCACUGUACAAAAAACUAAAUCUUUAAAUAUAAUUUACCAGAUGUAGAAAAUAAAACUUUUUCAUAUUUUAUUCCCUAAGCAUAUUCUAAUUUUCUUAACUAUGCCAAACAACACUUACGUUACAAGUUUUGGACAGAGGGGCAUCAGCUGGUGAGUCAAGGUCAGGACCUAUGAAAAUGCUGCAGUGUAACACCCUAUAAGAGCAUGAUUAUCUGUCUUUGCAUCACUGAUCUGCUGGCCACUAGGAG